AUGUUACAUGAGGCGCUUUUCCCACAGUCUGGGGGCUCACAGGUUACACCAGUAACUUCCACACCAGUGGCAUCAGAUUCCCAGUCAACCGGGGGAACUCAGCCGAGUUCCUGUGUCAGCAGUAAGGAGAUCCGGACUGUGUCCAAGCAGAUUCUUCUUCCUACGGCAAUCAUCCUAGUGAGAGGAGGCGAUGGUCGCAUCCACAAGGGAAGAGCCCUCAUAGACUCUUGUAGUCAGUCAAAUUUCGUCACAGCUUCCUUUGCCCGGAAGUCUUGGCUACCCAUAUUCAAUCAGGGUGGUCAGGGAGUAUCUGGUAUUGGGAAAAACACCACAUCAAUUUCCAAUGCCACACGUUUCACAUUCACCUCUCAAGAUGGGCAAUUCAUGAUGACAGAGGACUUCAUGAUCCUUGAGAACAUCGUCGAAGAUCAGCCAAGAUCAUCCUUUGCAAUUUCUUGGCACAUUCCACCAGGGAUUCAGUUGGCUGAUAUGGAGUUCAAUGUCAAGUCUGGAAUUGAUAUACUUCUCGGAGCAGAGGUAUUCAUUCGAUCACUCCGUCCGGAACGCAUUGAAGGUUCACCGAUUCUUCAAGACACAGCAUUUGGCUACAUUGCUGUCGGGAAUGUAGCACCUGAAACCCCAGCUACAAGCUUCAGUUCUUGCAUUUCUACGUGUCUUUGCUCACUCAAUAAACAAGAUCCACUUCACAAGCAAAUGGAGAAUUUCUGGUUGGUGGAGGAGCCACCUUCGACUGGUCAGAUCAUGAGCAAAGAAGAGCAAUUGUGUGAAGAGCACUUCAUACAAAACACCACACGAGACACUGAGGGUCGCUAUUCCGUCAGGCUCCCUGUCCGGGAAAACAUUCACACUCUUGGGGAUUCGGAAAUGCUGGCAAGAAAGAGAUUUCUUUGCACUGAAAGAAAGCUUCAACGGAAUUCUGAUUUGCGAGAGAAAUACAUUGCCUUCAUGCGAGAAUACGAGAGUCUAGGACACAUGCGUCCACUCCCGGUGACCUACCAAUCCGACAGACCCGCAGUCUAUUUGCCACAUCAUCCAGUCAUCAAGGCAUCAUCCAGUUCAACACCCGUCCGGGUAGUGUUUGACGCGUCGGCGAAAACAAGCACCGGAGUAGCCCUGAAUGAUGUGCUAAUGGUAGGACCGAAAACACAAGACGAUCUUUUCAACAUUUUACUCAGAUUCAGAGAGCACAACAUAAUCAUUAAAGCUGAUGUGAAGAAGAUGUUUCGCCAGGUGCUCGUGCACCCAGACGACCAAAACAUGCAGCGCAUCUUCUGGAGAGAAUCGCCUCAACAUCCAAUUCAGACAUACUUAUUGUCCACGGUCACGUACGGCACGGGGAGCGCAAGUUACCUCAGCACCAGGUGUAUCAAACAGCUUCUGGAGGAUGAGGGAGACACCUACCCAUUGGCCAAAGUAGCAGCAUCUCGUGAUUUUUACGUGGAUGAUUUUCUAUCUGGUGCCCCGACAGUCUCUCAGGCACAAAAACUACAAUCACAAAUCGAAGCACUCAUGCUGAAAGGUGGCUUUCAGCUCUCCAAAUGGAUGUCAAAUUGUCCAGAGGCUCUCAGGGAUGUUCCAUACAGUGAGAGGGAGAUAAAGGAACCAUUGGAUUUCACCUCUACGGAAACAAUUAGUACUUUAGGCCUGCAAUUAAAUCCAGUGACCGAUGAAUUCUCGUUUGAUGUCCAAAACAACUCACAGUCAAUCAGCAAGAGGAGCAUACUUUCUGAGAUGUCCAAAACAUACGAUCCCCUUGGGUUUUUGGCACCGGUCACAAUCCAAGCGAAGAUAUUGAUGCAGUCUCUGUGGCAAUUAGGAGCAGAUUGGGACGACAGUCUUGAGGAGAAUUCAGUUGCAGAGACUUGGCGAGAGUACCAGAGGAAUCUUACGAUGUUGACAGAUUUUCGCAUUCCACGACACCUAACCUCACAUUUACAGUCCCUGGACACAACAUUUGUGCAGCUUGCUGUGUUUUGUGACGCCUCUGAAAAGGCCUAUGGAGCUUGUUGCUAUCUUCAAACUAUCGAUCGAGUGACAGGUGACGUGUUUACAAGUCAACUUUUGUGCGCGAAAACUCGUGUUGCUCCCCUGAAACAAGUUUCUUUGCCAAGAUUGGAGCUUUGUGGAGCUGUUCUCGCCAUGAGACUUCUCCAGAGUGUUCUCUCAGCAAUUACAGUGAAAAUUCAUUCCAUCAAAGCCUUCACAGACUCCACAAUUGUGCUGUGUUGGCUCUCAGCAGAACCUACAAAGUGGAAAACGUUUGUCGCGAAUCGUGUUUCACAAAUUCAAAGUGUUUUGGGUCGAGAAUCUUGGGCUCAUGUGCCAUCUGCGAUGAACCCUGCUGAUCUUGCGUCACGAGGAGUCAGCCCACCAUUACUCAAAGACAACAAAUUGUGGUUCAACGGCCCAGACAUGAAGAAAAUUCCAAACAGUGCAGAUUUUCCAGUGCCAAAUUUGACUCAAGACGAACUUGAGCAAAAAGUGUCGUGUGUAGUGUCAACAAAAAACGAUUUCUGGGAAAUUAUCGAGCGAUUUUCAUCCCAUUCAAAAUUGAUCAAGUGUUUGGCCUAUUGGAGGCGAUAUUUCGACAAUCUCAAAUGCCUCAUUGAAAAGAAAAACAUCAACAGUGGCCCACUGACCGUCAGGGAGCUCAGGGCAACAAAUACCCUUGUGAUUCGUGCAGUGCAAAGUGGUUAUUUUUCAGACGAUAUCAAUCGUCUCAGUGCCCGUGAGAAGCUUGCCAAUAGUUCGAGAAUUAGAGACUUAAACCCCUAUCUUGACAAUCAGAAAAUACUCCGAGUGGGGGGAAGGAUUGCAAAUGCACCAGUGUCAUCAACACAAAAGCAUCCUGCUCUUAUUCCUGACAAACACCCUUUUACGCAACUUAUUGCCGACAAAAUUCACCUCGAAACGUGCCAUGGGGGCCCUCAACUGAUGUUGUACACUUCCCGACAGGAAUAUUGGACCCUCAGAGGAUUGGAUGUCAUGAAGGCAGCCCGGCGCAGAUGUGUUAGAUGUUUCCGGUGUCAACCUCAUCCCAUGCACCAGCUCAUGGGGGACUUGCCACCCUAUCGUCUACAUUUCACCAAGGCUUUCGACAAAGUAGGAGUGGAUCUUUGUAGCUACUUUCUUAUUAAAGCCACACUCAGAAGGAAUGCGAGCACCAAAAUGUACGUCACAAUUUUCGUAUGCAUGGUCACACAUGCAGUGCACCUAGAACUCGUCACGGAUUUAUCCAGAGACGCAUUUUUGGCGGCCUUCCGGCGAUUUAUCUCACGUCGUGGCAAACCAUCAGAUGUUUUCUGCGAUAAUGCCAAGAACUUUGUAGGGGCAAAUCGUCAUCUUCAAGAGGUACGUGAAACAUUAUGCAACAAAAAGGAUCAGGAGUUCAUCACGCAGAUCGCUGCAGAAGCUCAAGUCAACUUUCACUUCAUCCCGCCAAGAAGUCCGCACUUCGGAGGAAUGUGGGAGUCAUCCGUAAAAAGUUUCAAAAAACAUUUCUACCGCAUCGUAGGCACCAGUUCUCUUACUCAGGAAUCCAUGCUGACAAUUCUUGCGGAAAUUGAGAUGUGCUUGAAUUCGAGACCAUUGGCACCUAUGUCAUCAUGUCCUACAGACUUUACAGCAUUGAGUCCUGGACAUUUUCUUAUUGGACGUGCACUCAAUGCCGUACCCGAUCACGACUUGACCGAACUGCCUUCAAAUCGUCUAGAUAAGUGGCAGAGGAACCAGCAGAUUGUCCAGCACUUCUGGAAGCGAUUCAAACAGGAAGUGUUUUCACAGCUACAGCAGCGCAAGAAGUGGAAGGACAAGCAACCAGAGUUGAGAACUGGAGAUCUGGUCGUAAUCAUCGAGGACAAUCUACCGCCCCUCUCAUGGAUUCUCGGCCGUGUCACGGAAAUUCAUGUCGGACGAGAUGGACAUGUACGGGUGGCCAAAAUCCGGACGCAGUAUGGCGAAUACGUCAGAGCGAUCACCAAACUGGCUCGCCUACCAGAAGACGUUCAGAACCCGGAGGUUCUGCCGGGGGAAAAUGGAGACGAGCUCCAUGAGAAAAGCGUUAAGUUUAAAUUUCAUUUAUAUCCUGAAGUUAGUCAUUUUUUUCCUUUACAAAAUUGA